CAGGCCCUGAGGUGCUGCUGUGCUCUUUGUGCUGCAGAGGACCGUGAGGAUGUACCCCUUCCAGAUCCACAGCAUCGCCCUGUCCACCUUCGCCUCCCUCAUCGGGCCCUUCGGCGGCUUCUUCGCCAGCGGCUUCAAGAGGGCCUUCAAGAUCAAGGACUUUGCCAACACCAUCCCAGGCCACGGGGGCAUCAUGGAUCGCUUCGACUGCCAGUACCUGAUGGCCACCUUUGUCAACGUGUACAUUGCCAGCUUCAUCAGGGGCCCCAACCCGAGCAAACUGAUCCAGCAGUUCCUGACCCUGAGGCCGGAGCAGCAGCUGCACAUCUUCAACACCCUCAAAGCACACCUGGUGGACAGGGGAGUGCUGGGCAGCCUGGAGGAUGCAUAGGCAGGAGGUGGGAGCAGGACUGAGAGCACACAGGCCUCCCCCAGGGCACCCCCUGAUUUAAGACAAUAACAAGGCCUCAUUUCACUGUAACUUUUCUUCCUUUCUCGGUAAAUGUUCGCAUUCGUGGUUUAUUUUAUUUUAUUAUUUUUUUUUUCUAAAUAAUAUAUUUAUAGAGCUUUGGUUCAAACGAGCAAAUCUUGGGUUUGUAGCUGAGGAGGAGGUGAGGGUUGGGGGGAGCAGAGGGGGUGGCUGUCCUGCUGGGCUGCUCGGGGUGGCAGCUCUGGGGUGCUGAAUUGUCCCAGCAGCUCCUGCCUUGCACCAGGCAGAGGAGCCUGUGCUGAGCCCAUCCCACCUGCAGCUCCUGCAGUGCCUCUCACAUUCCCUCCCUCCUGGGCAAAUUCAGAUUUCUGUGAGCAGCCAAACCAGGAGCAGGCUGGGUGCAAGGAGCCCAGGAAGUGGCAGCUGUGGGUGGGAAUGUGGGAGCUGCAGAUUCCUCCAAAACCAAUGGCAGUAAAUGAGAUUUAAAGAGCAUUGAAGCAAUUCCUGCCAGGUGAGAGGAGCUCCUCCACACCUUGGUUUGUUUCCCCCAUUAAAUAACCUUUAGAAACCACACUUCAUUUCUCCAGGGCUGCAAAGCCCACCGUGGAUAUUUGAAGGAGCCUGGGGAGCAGUUUCCAGCCCCUUUCCUUGCUGGGUGGGCUCCAGCUGCAGCUGGGGCUUUGUUUUCUUUCAGGGAUCAUGUCUGUUUGUUACUUGAGUUGUAGAAGUCGUGCUGCUGAGUUUACCAAGGUCUGUGUUGCAUUUCAGUCUGGGUUCAUUUCUCUGCAGGCUUCUGUCACUGAAUCUUGUCAGAAGUAGUUUCAGAAGUAGUUUGGACUUUAUAGCUGCAGGUUUUAUUGAAGUACUUUCCUUUAUUUUGUCAUACUUUUUUUUUAUUAUUUAAAAACGAGAGCCCUGAAGAUUGUAAAACUUUCCUUUUUUUUUUUUUUUUUUUGUGACCAGAUAGUGAAAAUUUCCCCAUUUACACCUCGUGCAAACACAAGGGAACUCUGAUUUUCCUUCUUUCCAUACUUUGUGCACGGGAGAGAGAAACUUUCCAUUAUUUUAACCUGGGGAGUGAGGGACAGGGCAGAGCUCCUGCAGAAAUACAUUGGAGUUUAAGAGGUUGCUGCCACAAACCUUCAGCCAUACGUGAGCCCUGCACCUGCUUGGCACCAACAGAGAACAAACCACCUGAAAACGCCCCAAAUUCCGAGCUUUUCACAGCCUGAGUGUGUGUACAUCACAGCACAGGUGCCAGCCUCUCUCUGUGGCUGUGCCUCUGCUCCCUGGGCAGGGUUGGGUGGAGAGACAGGCUCAGAGCAGGCUCUGCUCUCACUGAGCUUUCUGUUUCUGCUGGCAAAGCCCUGCCCUGAGCAGUCCAGGCUGGCUUUGCUGCUCAUACGCAUUCCCCUGGUUGUGGAUUUCCCCUGUGGUUGCUCCCUUCCAGCUGGAAUUAGGUUUAUUUUCUAUCCAUGGAGCAGAUUUUACUGCGAGACACAGAAACUGCAGAGGAGAAGGGAGUGCUUCCCCCUGGCCCUGCCCAGGGGCAAUAUUUGGGCUGUGUUUGAUGUGGCAGUGCCCGGGGGCUCUCAGGAUUCUCCUGCCCUUUGCCCAAACCCCUCCCGUGCCUGUGGCUCCCAGGCAGAAGUGACAGUGUUGAUAAAUAUCCCAAAGCUGUGCUCUGUCCUUAGUGAGAAAUCCCUCCGUGGGUUUUUAGUCUCCUGCUCGUCUGCUUUAACCCUUUAGUUCCUCUGCUGCUGUGAGCAGCAGGGCAGAGCUUUGCUGCAGCUUUGGGGCAGGGCUGUCAGUGCUGGCUGUGGGCACUGGAGGGCAAAGCAGCUCCAGGGAGCAGCUGAGAGAGAGCAGCAGCUCUGCCUGGGCUGCCUGCCCUGUCAGAAAUUCAGAAAUGUCCUGGUCAGGAAUGAAUUGCCUGGUCAGAAAUGUCCUGAGCAGAAAUGUCCUGGUCAGAAAUUGAAUUCCCUGAGCAGAAAUGUCCUGAGCAGAAAUGUCCUGGUCAGAAAUGUCCUGGUCAGAAAUUGAAUUCCCUGAUCAGAAAUUGAAUUCCCUGAUCAGAAAUGUCCUGGUCAGAAAUUCAUUCUGUGAUGAGAAAUGUCCUGAUCAGAAAUGUCCUGAUGAGAAAAUUUCCUGAUCAGAAAUUAAUUCCCUGAUCACAAAAAUCUCUGAUCAGGCAAUGCCCUGAUUAGAAAAUUUCCUGAUCAGACAUUCCCUCAUCAGAAAUUCCCUGAUCAGAAAUUCCCUGAUCAGAAUUCCCUGACCAGCUUUAUUCCUGCCCUUCCCUCCAAACCCGGGCUGCUCCUCAGGGGCAGAGCUGUCUGGGAAGGUUUUCCUGCAUGGAAAAAUCACCUUUAAAAGCCAUGAAAGGGUGGAACAGUGGAUGCAGGGAGGAGGAGGGAAGGCAGCUGUAUUUGGGGUUGUUGCAGGUUGUGCAGCUGAGCUCACAGGGCUGGGAGCUGCCUUUGGGAUGGAGGGGGGAUUAAAAUCUUCUCCCACCUCCUUUGCCAUGGGCAGGGAAUGUCCUGCAGGUCUGGUCUGAGCCUGGAUGGGGAAUCUGGGGAGGAUGGAAGCUGCCGUGCUGGCUUGGGCUGUCUCUGGUGCCCAGGGGUGCUGAACCUGGGGAGUUUGGGUGACAGAGUGACCCAGGCAGGGCUGGAGCUCAGCCUGGACAGAAGGUUGAGAGCAGGAGAGGAGCUGGGCUUUGUGUGGGCUGGGAGGAGGGGACAGCCCCCCUGGCAGGGUCCCAGCCUGCUCUGGGGCCACCAGAGGUGGCAGUGCCCACAGGGGUGGCACACCGGGCACCCCCAGGUGAGCUUUGGGUUUGGGGCACAGCUGUGGACACCUGGGUGGGAAUUUUGUCCCCUUCCAGGGAAUGUGACAUCCCAGGGAAUUGCCAUCCCAGGGAAUGUCACACUCCAGGGAAUGUCACAUCCCAGGGAAUGUGACCCUCUAGGGAAUGUCACAUCCUAGGAAAUGUCACCUCCAGGGAAUGUCACAUCCUAGGAAAUGUCACAUCCCAGGGAAUGUUACCCUCCAGGGAAUGUCACAUCCCAGGGAAUGUCACCUCCAGGGAUUGUCCCCUCCCAGGGAAUGUCCCUGUGUCCCCUGUGUGCAGGGAGCCCCAGGCCUGCCUGGGGGGUCCUGCCCUCUCCCCCUGCCCUGGCUGGGGGCAGGGCAGGGCUGGGUGUCCCCCCUGGGGACAGCUCUGUCCCCAAAGCCCCGUGGCAGCUCUGAGCUCCUGUGCAGCCCCUGCUCUGCAGCCCUGGCUGUUCUUUCUCUGUGCUUUGUUUUUGGUUCCAGUUCUAGCUGCACACGUAGAGUUGCCUUCCUUUGACCGAAUGUUCGAAUGUGAAAUAUUGUAUAUUUUAAAGUAUUUACCCUAUUUAUAUACUGUAUGUUACUGUUAAAUAAAUAUAAAUUCCAUUA